UUCAGUCUCCUGAGUAUCUGGGACUACAGGUUGACAUCAUGGGGCGGACGGGAGCAGGGAAGUCGUCCCCGACCCUGGGGUUCUUUCGGAUCAAUGAGUCUGCCAAAGGAGCGAUCAUCAUCGAUGACAUCAACAUCGCCAAGAUCACCUCAUCCCCCAGGACCCUGUUGUUUUCGGGUUCCUUCUGCAUGAAGCUGGACCUGUUCAGCCAGUACUCACAUGAAGUCUGGACGUCCCUGGAGCUGGCUCACCUGAAGGACUUCGUGUCAGCCCUUCCCGAUAGGCUGGACCACAAGUGCGCAGAAGGUGGAGAGAACCUCAGGUAGGCGGGGUAGACUGAGGAACACCAGAUAAGGUCUGCCAGGUGCCACCUCAGUAGGGGUGUUUGAAUAUUCUGUCCAGAUCUGUGUCAGACCUGGAUUUGAGUCCCAGUUGUGCUGCAGAUGUCUCAUUUGUCCCUUCAGCUUUUGGAGCCUCAGUUUCUGUAUCUGUAAAAUGGGUCUUAAUCCAGGCUCUUUGUACCAUGUGGUGUAAUAACCAGGAUGGACAAUGCAUUUCCUUUUAUACACACUAGCUCCAUUCAGUUGACAGGGACCAUCAGUUGUUAAGCUAUAGAAAGGCUUCUGUACCUGUAGCCUGAAACCCCCAUCUUGUUAGUAUUCAUAAUUUUUUCUUUUUUGAGACAGAGUCUCACUCUGUCAC